CGGGACGGCCUUGAGCCGCGCUCGGCCUCGGGGCCGGCUGGGCCGAGGGGAUCGGGGCGCGCUCCUACCGCCCUGCCCGGCCUCCCAACGGCCAGACCCACACGGCUGGCGGCCCCAUAGCGUCCAGGGGAGCCCCGGGCACCGCGGGCUCGGUUUGGGUUGGAGGUGCCGUGGCCGCGAUGUGGAUUUGCGGUUUUUCUUUCAGGUGGGGUCUCAGCACAGCGUCGGCCUGCCAACCCGCGGGCAGCUCGGACGGGGACAGAGAGGCUCGGCGGUGGGGCUGCUGCCUCGGGCUGCCCUGAGUGCUCACGGCUCGCUGAGCAGAGCGGCGGACAGAAGAGACAGAAGGCUCCGUUGGUGUUUGGCACCUUGGAGGAGAAAGGAUGGCUCAGGAGACGAACCAAACCCAGGUGCCUCUGCUGUGCACCACGGGCUGCGGGUUCUAUGGCAGCCCACGCACCAACGGGAUGUGCUCCGUUUGCUAUAAGGAAUUCCUGCAGAGGCAGCAGAGCAGUGACCGGAUCAGCCCUCCAGCAGCCAGCAGUCCCAGCAGCAGCCCUGUGGCAUCAGACUCCAUGGCAGGGCAGCGGGCAGAGGAGGACUCCACACCUGAGGAUGCGAAAGCCAGUGCUCAGACUCCUGUGACCCACCAGAUGACAGCCAUGAGCAUAUCCAGAGAAGAAGGCAGCAGUGAGACAGAAGGGCUCGCCAAGACAGAAGAGGCCACCCCAGCAUCUUCCUCAUCAGGUGCCCUCCUUGAAACAUCACAGAGUGCAGCUGAGGACAAAACUUCUCCGGAGAAACCGAAACAGAAGAAGAAUCGCUGCUUCACGUGCCGGAAGAAGAUUGGGCUGACUGGCUUCGACUGUCGCUGUGGGAAUCUGUUCUGUGCCAUUCACCGAUACUCAGACAUGCACGCCUGCCCCUAUGACUACAAGGCAGAAGCUGCUGAGAAGAUCCGGAAGGAAAACCCCGUCGUUAUAGCUGAGAAGAUCCAGAAGCUGUGAACGGGGCUGAGCAGCUCGAACUCCAGCCUGGUAGCCUGGUGCUCCUCCCCGUCCUCCCAGCCUUCCCCCCUCCUCCCAGCCCCGUCAGUGGAUAUGGGGAUCCAGCAGCACACGCAAACCAGCACCCGGACCGGGAUAUUCCUUGCACCUCCUUGACAGAAGCAUGGUGUUCCUCCUCUCCCUACAAUCCUUCAGGGCUCAGCAGAUCCAUUUCUGUCCAGCUUUCACGAGGACACUGGCCCGACUCUGCCUCACCCACUGCAGCACUGAGACCACAGCAUUUCUCCUCCCCAGCCAAGCCACCCCUUCGUCCCACGGCUCCAGGUCCUGCAGACUGCCUGGGAUUCAUGGCUGGAGCUCCUGAGCUGCCUCCAGACUCCCCUCCCUCCACCCCACCCCCUCCUCCUGAUGGCUGCAGAGUGGGGAGCCAAGGAGUCCCAGCGACGAUCCCGUUCCCCACAAGGUGUUUGGUCUCAGAUGCAGCAAAGAGGAUUCUGUAGUUUUAAUGCUCCCAACCCCACACCCCUUUUCCCUUUGAGAAGCUGUUGUUGAAGCAACUGCAUCGUUAAGCUGCAGAGUAUGGCACAGUAAAGUUAUUUUGUGGCUUGCCGUGA